UCGAAAAUCUCUGCCUAUGUAGAACACAUCGGAAAGUGUCUGAGCAAAAUUAUUCUUUAUUCGUUUUGGAAGUGUUACGUCCACACAACCGGUUCUCCGCUCCGUGCAAACAAAAUUACUUCCUUUGACAUUUGCCCUGUUUUCGUUGUUUUCACAACCGUUUCGGUUCAUUUGUCUGCGAAUUUCGGAAAGUUGUCGUCCAAUCCGUAAAAAUGUCCGGCGAUUGCAACACGUAUUGCCCCACUGCCUGCGAUCCGUGCCAGGCCCCCACGGACUUCUCGCCCUGUCCGCCGAACUCGACGUGUCCGCCGUGCGAUUGCGGUGACUAUGCCGGAUGUUGCUACCAGCAGCCGGCGCGCACCAUGCCCAUCCUGCCCAAGUCGCACUUCAUGCGCUCCACGGCCCCCCUGGACACGGACACCAUCUAUCGACGCUCGUUCUAUGCCAACUGUGGCGAAAACAUCAGGGCCCGGCCCGUGAUGCCGUGCUCCCAGAUCCGGGCCUCCACGGCACCGCUGGAGAAGUGCACCAUCCAGAAGCUGUCCUACAUGCCGCCGUGUCCGGUGAAGCGGACGCCACCCAUCGUCCCCAUGGAGAGCGGACUGCGCUUCGAGGGACCCAUCUACGCGAUGACCUCACAGAAGCACGACUAUGUGCCCAAGGGGAUUGUGAAGCGGGACCCGAUUGUGCCGCGGGUGGCCAUCUGCACGUCGAAUGCGCCCAUGGAGCGCUGCACCAUCCAGAAGCUGAGCUACAUGCCCAUCGACGUCUGCCAGAAUCCGCCGCCGAAGGCCAUGAUCCAGGGCUCGCACUAUUGCAAGCCGGCCGGACCCAUGGAGCGCUGCACCAUCCAGAAGCUGUCCUACAUGCCGGUCUGCCUGCCGGCCAAGGAGCCCACUCCGUGGGCCGACAAGAUCCGCUGUGCGCCGCCGCGCUACUCAAAUGUCUGCACCACCUACAAUCUGAGCUACAUGCCCAACUGCAACGAGGCGCGCACCGCUCCGGUGACGCCGCUGACCACGCUGCGCUUCUGCGGCAACGACUCCGGCUCCGGGAGCACAAUCUACAAGCUCAGCUACAUGCCAGUCGAUGCCUCCCGGACUAAGCCAGCGCCCGUCCUGCCCAGAGACACCUUCUGCCGGCCCAGUGGACCGCUCGAGAAGUGCACCAUUCAAAAGCUAUCCUAUCAGCCGAACUGCACAGAGCGUACUCCUCCCAUUCGCCCAAUGGAGAAUGGACUGCGUUUCGAUGGGCCCAUGUACGCGAUGACCACUCAGAAGCACGACUUUGUGGCCAAGCCGCACGUGAGACGGGCUCCGAUCAUGCCGCGGACCGCGUUCUGCCGACCCAGCGGAGCCAUGGAGCGCUGCACGGUGAACAAGCUGUCGUACAUGCCGGUGGACGUCACCUGCUUCCCACGGGCCGAGUCCGUCCGUCCGCGACAGGGCUUCUGCCGGAACGAGGGACCCAUGGAGAAGUGCACCACGUACAAGCUCAGCUACUUGCCGAACUGUGUGCCGCCCAAGGAGCCGCUGCCCUGGGCCAGAUACUCAUCCUACUGCCGGCCAACCGGACCCAUCGAGAAGUGUACCAUCCAGAAGCUUAGCUAUGGCCCACCGGGUGCCUUCCAACGUUGUGGCGGUCCUUGUGGAACUGGUGGCGGGGAUGGCACCUUCCCGAAGGCCGGCAUUUGUUAAGCUGGAAAUAUAUGUCGAUUGCUCUUUAAGUGCGCUUCUCCCAAGCUUAUCCCGCUUUCCUUGUUUAAUGUUAUACCAAAAUCUUUCAGUCCAAGUCCUAUUUUAUUCCUAUUUUGUUUUAAAGGCCCACUGGGGAAUGCACUUUCGGAACUGUCUCCAUCCGUUUCAAUUGCUCCGUACUCCACUGAUCCUUUUUUGCCAGUCUUAUUUGUAUAUACAGAAAAUU